GGUGCCCAUGGGAUGGAGAGAAGGAGGAAUUAGUAUAAAGAGUUGGGGAAUAUCUCCAAGGAGCAGAUUUCUGGGGAGAGUCUCUGCUCAGAAUGUUCCAGGGGGAAGAGAAAAAGAGCCGGACAGGAAGGAAUUCUUAUCCAGACACAGGAACAAGUCUGAGAAAGAGAAGCAGAACCUCAGAGACCUCCAAGAUGAAGAAGAUCAGAGAAGACAGAAGUGAAAACAUUCAGGCCAACCUCAGCCAAACCCAAACUCACAAAGAAUUUUGCAAAACCUCCAGUAAUGAUUGGCCUCCGAUGCCUCCAGAGUUUGGUGCUGAUGGGAAAUCUCCUGCUCUGAGAACACAAAGGUUACAAGAUACUGAUUUCAGAAUAUCAUUUGACUGCAAAGAGUGUGGAGAAAGCUUCGGGCAGCAGUCUAAGCUUGAAGCCCAUUUUCUGUGCCACACAGGUGAGAAGCCAUUUGUCUGUGUUCAUUGUGGGAAAGGUUUCAAGAAUAAAUACAAACUUAAUCUCCAUCUAAGGAUUCACACAGGAGAGAAGCUUUCUGUCUGUCCUCAUUGUGGGAAAAGCUACAGAGAUAAGACUAAACUGAUUGUUCAUCUAAGGAUUCACACAGGAGAGAAACCAUUUGUCUGCACUGAGUGUGGGAAAGGCUUCAGGGAUUCGAGCUCUCUGAAAUCUCACCUCCGGAUUCACACAGGAGAGAAACCAUUUGUCUGCACUGAGUGUGGGAAAGGCUUCAGGAAAAACCAUGAACUCAAAUCUCACCUUCAUAUUCACACCGGAGUGAACCCAUUUGUCUGCACUGAGUGUGGGAAAUGUUUCAGGGAUAAAAGUGAACUGAACAUUCAUAUUAAUGUACACACAGGAAAGACUUUCCCCUGUACGGAGUGUGGCAAAUCCUUUGCAGCAAAGAAGAAUCUGAAAAGGCACCAAAUGGUUCACACUGGGGAGAAACCACACGAGUGCACAGAGUGUGGGAAACGAUUCAUGGAGAAAAGUAAACUGAACAUACAUUAUCGGAGUCAUUCGGGAGUGAAACCAUUCAGCUGCUGUGAGUGUGGAGAACAGUUUGGAUGGAAACACCAGCUCAAGUAUCACCAACUGAGUCACACUGGGGAGAGGCCAUUUGUCUGUACUGAGUGUGGGAAGAGCUUCAAAACCAAGGCUGCACUCACUCUGCACUGUUAUGUUCACACAGGGGAGAAACCAUUAGUGUGCCCUGAGUGUGGGAAAGGCUGUAGGGACCAGACGAGCCUCAAUAGUCAUGUUCGGAAACACACGGGAGAGAAACCUUUUGUGUGCACCGAGUGUGGGAAGAGUUACAAGGACUCCAGUACCCUGAGGCACCAUCUUCAGACUCACAUUAGAUGAGAGUAUCUUGCUCAUUCAGAGUGAGGGGAAAGCUACAAUCAGAGAGAUAUCUCAGUGUUCCCAUUCAGACUCACAAAGAAGAGAGUUGCCGUGAUCCAGAACUGCAAAUCCACUGAGAUGAAACUUCCCUAUGUACCAUAUCACGGCUCAUCUUGGGGUUUCAUGGAUUCACCAGUGACUUUCCCACAAGGGUUUGUGUGGGGCUUAUGUUUAAUAUAAUCCUUUCCUAUGUUCUGAGGGAGGGGGGAAUUUACUCACAAACUGGGGAUAUCCCUGUAACCCCACCUGUAAGGUGCCCAGCAAAUCCCUUUGUACCUUCUGAGGCAUCUUUCACACAAAUGGGUAGAACCAACAUCUCCCAAGGUUCCCACUGGCGCAUGAGGGGUCAGGGGAGAAAUCUGGGACCUGCCCUGUGUAACCAACAGAUACAGAUGUGGCGCAAGUGGGGGAUCCUGGUACCUACCACUCAGUAGCCUGUAGGUGCCGCCUGAGGAAGGGAUUGGGUUACAAACCUCCCCAAAAUGUUGUGUGUGGCUGUGAAUAUGGUGUCUCCACAGAAUAAACCCUGACUUUUUAUUGCAA